AUGAGCCAAGGCAGUCAGGUUCCUUCCUUUAGCCAGGUUGCCUGUAUUGGCUCUGGCCUCUCGGCUGUUGGUCUGGGAGCCACGCUAAAAAGGUGGUACAGCCUGGACGACAUCAAAUUCUUUGAACGACAAUCUGGAAGUGGAGGAACGUGGUGGAUUAAUACAUACCCAGGCUGCGCUUGCGAUGUCCCGGGCGCACUAUACAGCUAUUCAUUCGAGCUAAAUCCGAAUUGGACAAAACUUAUGCCUUCAAAUGCGGAAAUCAAAGCAUAUCACGAUGGGGUUAUUGCAAAAUAUGGCCUGCGUGAGAAAAUGGUUUUCUCGACCGAGGUUCUUCGCUGUGUAUGGAGUGGAGAGUCCUCUUUGUGGGUUUUGUUCCUUCAGGAUACCAUCACUGGUCGAGAAUAUAUCCACCAAUGCCAAGUCUUGUUCUCCGCCGCUGGGCAGCUGGUCGAACCUCGUCCAUGCGAUAUUCCUGGCCAUGAGACUUUCAGAGGCGAGAUAUUCCAUUCAGCUCGCUGGAACCAUAACGUUAGUCUUCAAGACAAGAAUGUCGUAGUUAUCGGCAAUGGCUGCACUGCAGCUCAGGUUGUUCCCGCGAUUGUGCCCGAGGUGAAGCAUCUGACCCAGAUCGUACGGUCACAGCAUUGGGUUUUCGAGUCAGCAAAUUUCAGCUAUGGUAAGAUUAUGCAAUGGGUUUUCAAAUAUAUUCCCCUUGUUUUACGCCUCCAUCGACUGCACAUUUUUCUCAUUGCGGAGAGCGAUUUCCCUUUGUUCUUCAUGACUAAAGCAGCUGCUCUAUUAAGAGCAAGGAAGAGAAAGAGGGUCGAGCGAUACAUGCGAGAGACAGCACCGGCGAAAUAUCAUGAUAUCUUGAUCCCAGACUUUGAUAUAGGCUGCAAACGUCGUAUCUUCGAUGGCGGAUACCUAUCAUCCUUGCAUCAUAGUAACCUCACCCUGACCGACGACAAAAUUGUUGAAAUCUUAUCCGACGGUAUCAAAACCGACAAAGGCUUUGUCCCAGCUGAUGUCAUUGUUUUGGCAACAGGCUUUCGAACCAACGAAUUCCUCCAGAAAAUGCAGAUAGUUGGGAAUGAUAGUGAGACUGUCCAAGAACAUUGGUCCAAGUAUCCAGGCCCUGAAGCAUACAAUUGCUCUGCCCUUGGUGGAUUCCCUAACUUCUUCAUGCUGUUGGGGCCAAAUUCAGCUACUGGCCAUACUUCAGCGUUGAUGGCAGCAGAGAACUCCAUCAAUUACGCUCUCCGAAUUCUCAAACCUGUCUUCGAAGGUAAAGCUACAUCGGUCGAGCUUGACAGCAAGGCAGAAUACACUUAUGUCUACAAAAUGCAAGACGCUCUGAAAAUGCGAGUUUGGAAUGCUGGUUGUCUUUCGUGGUAUUCCAAUGAGAAGAAAUGGAAUUCAAUGUCGUACCCGUGGUCCCAAGCACACUACUGGUUCAGGAGCCUCUUUCCUGUUUGGUCAGAUUGGAAGAUCAAGGUGUUUAGCAAGAUGGAUACUGGCUCUAGAUUGGCUGUGAUGGCUAAGUUGAAGCAAGUCCUGAGACUGUGA